AUGGCACAUGAAGUGAAACACUCGAAGACAUCACAUCUUACUACCGAUGACGGCAACGAAGACAACAAACACAAGCCACAGAUUUACGCGAAGAACUCAAUCGACAGAUUCGGUGACGAUUUGUGUGCACUUCUGUUGUCAUACUUUCCGCUCGAAGACCACAUCCGUUGCGAAUCGCUGUCCAAACAGUUCCGGCGGACAGUCUUCCGGAGUCUUCUCCACAUUACUAUUGACAACAAACUCAUGAGACAAUUACCGAAGAGUAAUAUCCGCCAAAUAAUGGCCACAAUUGCCAUAAAGUGUGGAAACAUUGAAACCAUUGACUGUCGAGAAAUAAACAAUAUAUAUAAAGAACACAUUCCCGAAGUGUUGACCACUUUUCGAGACAAUUGCCGUCAUUUGCGGCAAAUUUAUUGCAAUUUAUGGCGAAUAAAUUCGCAAACAAUGCGUUCAUUCGCACCACUCAUCACACGAAUCGAUGGUAUCGAGUACUUUGCGGACAGAGAUGCGAUCACUCAUUACCACCGAUUGUCACACUUGCGGAUCAAUUCAUUGAGAGAUGUGUUCGAUAGACAUAACGGCACUCUUUUGGCGAAGAAUUUACAUUCAUUUGAGUUAAACAACUAUUUGAAGAACGAUUCAGAUGAACACCAAUUGUCUGCAUUCGUGGCACAGAAUCUGUUCCUCAAAAGCGCUGUGUUUAUGGUUUACGACACUUUCCAUCAACUGUUCCAACAAUUCUCACGAUUAACACAAUUACGUGAUUUAAGACUCUCUUUAUGGCUAACGAUUGGCGAGAACUCAUUGUCUGAGUCUUUGCGUACAAUUGGAUUAAAUUGCAAACAAUUGCAACGAUUGACACUUCAAUUCAAUACAGAUAUUGAGUUCGACGAUGAAAUCAUCAAUGGAUUUAAUAGCCAUUCAUUGGAUUCAUUGCGAUGUUAUCGACGAUUAAAACGAUUGAAUUUAGCGCUUCAUUUGUAUCUCAAUCCAGAAGUGUUGGAACCGUUGACACUCUGUCACCGAUUAACUCAUUUGACACUUAAUUCACGAGAAAUGAGUGACAAAUUGAUUGUUAAUUGCGACAAACAGUGGCCACGACUUCAAUACCUGUCCAUCAAAACUAAGGCAAUAACUCGCGAGUGUUUGCAUCACAUCUCGAGACUACCGGCGCUACAAAUGCUUUGCCUUCAGUGCCAUUACAGCAAUGAUCUGACAGAUAAUGGUUUCUAUGAUGUGUUGUCCAAAAGUGCUAAACUAAAGGACAUUGAAUUCAUAGAAAAUAAUACGAAUCGCAAGAUUUUAAUUAUAAAACGGGUUUAA